ACAUCCCUGAAGUACGGUAACUGCUCAGCUGUUGUGUGUGAUGUAACAGGAAGUAAUGGUUUGCUUACAACCUGUCCGCGGCUCCAGUAGAAGCUCUCUGCUCCAGUCCCACAACACUCAUUGAGCGUUGAAGCUCGUUGCAGUAGCUUCACUGCGAACGUCAGAGUUUGGGAAUAAAACCCUUACAUUUGGAUUGCUUUGCCUCGUCGACUUGCCAGUGUGAGCCGCCUACAUAUUGCAUCGAAUCUUCCGGCUACUACCUGGUUAAUAUCGGACUGUCAGACGUUGCCCAGACAGAAGAUGGAUUGUGUCAGGUGGUUUUGGACAGUCGCCUUUCUCCUGCUGUGCACUGGUGGAAAGGUCUAUGUGGAGGCAAGCCCCGGGGUGAACGACACCCAACAGCAACAUCCACAGAACGUCUACCAUGACAUCAGUGUCACCAGGAACAAGAUAGUGACUGCACAGUUUGAGUGUUAUCAGAAGAUCAUGAAGGACAGCAGCCACAACAAGCUUGACUCUGACGUGUCGUAUGCGUCCGAGGCCGUGUGUAACCGGACGUGGGACGGCUGGCUGUGCUGGGACGACACCAGGGCAGGGUACACCUCAGAGCAGCACUGCCCAGACUACUUCCAAGACUUUGACCCCUCAGAAAUGGUGACAAAGAUCUGCACAGACAAUGGGAACUGGUUUUUGCAUCCUGAGAGCAACAGAACAUGGACUAAUUACACCAGGUGCAACGAGCACACUAGCGAGGGCAGAAUGACUGCAAUGAAUUUGUUCUACUUGGCGCUCAUCGGACAUGGCCUGUCUUUGACCUCUCUGUUGAUUUCUCUGGGAAUAUUCUUCCACUUCAAGAGUUUGAGUUGCCAAAGAAUUACUCUGCACAAAAACCUUUUCUUUUCCUUUGUGCUGAAUUCUGUCAUCACCAUCAUUUGGUUGACAGUUGUGGCGAACAACCAAGAGUUAGUGCAGAGAAAUCCAACGAGCUGUAAAGUGUCCCAGUUUAUCCACCUGUACCUCUUUGGAUGCAACUACUUCUGGAUGUUGUGCGAGGGGAUCUAUCUCCACACCCUGAUCGUGGUCGCUGUGUUUGCAGAGAAGCAGCACUUGAUGUGGUACUAUCUACUUGGCUGGGGCUUUCCUCUAAUCCCGGCCUCCAUACACGCUAUAGCACGCAGCUACUAUUACAAUGACAACUGCUGGAUCAGCUCCAACACAUCUCUGCUCUACAUCAUCCACGGACCCAUCUGUGCUGCUCUCCUGGUAAAUCUGUUUUUCCUGCUCAACAUUGUGCGCGUCCUGAUCACCAAGCUGAAGGUGACCCACCAGGCAGAAUCCAGUCUGUACAUGAAGGCUGUGAGAGCCACCCUGAUCCUGGUGCCGCUCCUGGGGAUCCAGUACGUGCUGCUGCCCUACAAGCCCGAGGGCCACGGCUCCUCCGAGAUCUACGACUACAUCAUGCACAUCCUCAUGCACUAUCAGGGGCUGUUGGUGGCAACCAUUUUUUGUUUUUUCAAUGGCGAGGUGCAGGGGGUUCUGAGGAGGCACUGGAACCAGUACCGCAUGCAGUUUGGGAGCACUCUGACCCAGUCUGAAGGCCUGCGCUCUGCCUCCUACACAGCCUCGUCCAUCACGGAGGUGCAGGCCUGCUACAGCAUUGAUGGACACACGGAACACUUGAACGGUAAAAGCUGCCACGACACGGAUUCCUCCAUCUUGAAGGCGGACAACCCCUUUGCCUAAAGACUCCUCACACGAAGACACACCACCCCCCCCCCCCCCCCGGUAGAAGGAACGUAAACAGUGGCGUUUGGCUUCUCGUACUUAACACACUGAACGGAAAAACAAUAGCUACCUUUUUGUUGUUAUCUUGAAAUGAGUACUUUGUCAUGCUUUUUCUGCUCUCUUAAAUUUACUGUCUGCAGUAUACAGUGUCUGCAGUAUACAGUGUCUGCAGUAUACAGUGUCUGAAGCUACUUUCAGCUUUUCACAACAAGCCAAAUGUAAAUAUUCCGGUCAUUCAUCUUAUAUGAGCCAAACAAUAAAAGAUAUUUCAAAAUGUGUAUAUAUAUAUAUACAUAUACACACAAAAGAUUUUACAUGAACAAAACUUUAAAAAAGGGGGUAGGUGUGAAUUACUCAACCUGCCUCGUUAUUGUAAUAUCAGUUCCUUCUCAGUGAAAGCCUUGAUUAAGUUUGCCAAAAAGUAUUUGUAUGUUGUGCCAAACUCAACUGUGUGUAUACCUAGAUGCUUAUGCUAGCAUUCACUUAUCAUGCAGAUAACACUGUCACACCGUCAGAUGUAUUUAGCUUGGUCACUUCUAGAUCAAUUUAGUUAAAUAACAUAUAUAUAUAUAUAUAUUAUACUGUAUAUAGUUAUUUUGUUUGACAAAAACAUUGAAAAUAAUUUUCAAAAUGACUUUACAUUAUGUACUACAAAAACAAAAUAUAUUACUGUCAAUUGUGAGGCUGGAUCAACAUCAUUUGUUGUGACAUCACAACUGUUCAAUCAAACAUCCAUCAUAACUUAAAUUAAAGCUCCAGCAGCAAGCUUUAUAUAUAUUAUAUAUAUAUAUAUAUUGAUAAGCCUUUAGACCGCACCCAAGAUUCACUUUCACACGCAAAACAUUUUUUUUCUACAGUUAUUCAAUGCCAUAUUUUUGGGUAAAAUCUUGAAGAUACUUCUCAACUGAGAUUUCAUAUGAAAUGUCUUUUCAGCAGAAGUUUUCCCAAGUCCUCAAAAAGUAAAAAGUACUACUUAACAAGCAUUAGUUAUUAAAUAAUUUUUCAUAUUAAGGAGGCACUUUGGUCUACAUUAAAUUAUUUAUACUAAAAACUGAGUUGGUUGAAUUGGUAAACACAUCAUUCCAGGUUUACAGCUUUGAGAAAUUGAUCACUUUAUUUUCUCUUUUUAACCUGACCUUGGUUCACACUGGCAUGUGAAAAUGAUGUUCAGACAGUUAUCACACAGUAUUAAAGUGUUUGCUAGAGCUAUUUUACACUAGCACAGAAAUGUUGCAUCAAUUUGGGUUCUGGGAUUUAUACAGUAGGAGUUGUCAGUCAUCUGAGAGGAUUUAGAAUGAACAUGAUACAAAGACAAUGAGCAGAUCAAGGAGGCAGUGAUGUCUUUUGCAAAAUGUCUCUGAGGCAUAAAGGUCAGAGCGCUCAUGUUCAUAAGAAGAGAGGUGGUUGCUUUGUCCUGCUCACUAGCAGAACCUCAAAGGAGGGAGAUUACUGUGCGUUUCUGCUUCAGAAGUGAUCAAGAUCAUCUGCAAAGAAAGAGGAGAAUCUAGACGAAUCAAGACAAGGCAAAGCAAAUCCUGUUUUUUUUUUUGAUCAUCAUUAAUCAUUCAGAGGUUUUCACACCCUAACAUUUUUUACUUGGGUGCAUUUUGGGGUUGGUGGAUCAUAGAACAUAUUUAAAGUGCCUCUUUAAUAUGAUUUUCUUUUUGAUUAUUUUGACAUUCCAGUCAUGGGGAUUGAACAUACAAACUAUUAAAACAGUAUAUUUUGUGACACACUUGGUUGUUAUGGAUUAGUUUCUUGUUUAUCAUAAACCCAUCUAUCUACCCUUGAUCAUUUGCUCUAAAUACUUAAUAGCUGAUGUACACUACUUAUUAUUUCAACUGACAGGAUUUCUGAUCUGCUUAAGUUAACUUUCAAUGCAAACACUCCUAAAUAAAAACCAAGUUCAUCACAAAUAUCUUAAGGUACAUGCUCUGCAUAAUAAUGUUUCUUUCUCUGUUGCCACUAAAUUGUUUCAUUAACCUUGGAAGCUUAUCUCCUAAUUUUAAAGAAAUGUUAUUCAUUUGUAUUUCUGACUUCUAAUUGAAAUUGUGUCCACAAUUGAAUGUAUAUAGUAAUUAACAUCAACAAAGUGUGUGUAAUAUCUGUUCUCUACAUCUGAAUGUAACUUUACUGUAACAUCAAGUGUGGCUUUGGCACCAUCAUACUGUAUGUCUACGAUAUUAUGUAUGGUUUUCCGUGUACAUUACAUUCCUGUAUUGGCAGUAGAGUAGAGAUACAAUACUCUACAACAUACAGUACACCUUUUUUAUUAUGUGACAUCUAAUGCUCAUAUAUUAGACAUCUUUAUUUUCUCUGAUAUCCAAAUCAAUGAUUCAAAUUCUGUGAUUAUUUAAUGUUGCCGUCCAAAAUGCUGGAGACCACUCAUUAUGUAAAUAUGUGGUGAACCGUGCGUUGCAGAAUGGGUGCCGGGUGUGAGAGCUUUGUGUACACAGUGUUCAGGUGUGUGCUCUGAGACCUUUAAAUACAAGGCAACUGUCUUGUGUGAAAGUGUGUGGGAUAUUUUCAAGGGAGUUGUUUCCGACUUGUAUGCCUGAAAGAAGAUCACUAACGAGAGGCUUGAAGAUCACUAACAAGGGGCUUCCACCGGUAGAUUGACAGUUGCUGUUCAUCCUUCUCUCUGUGCACGAAGGGUUUGAUCCUUUUAUAGUCCCGUUCUUCUGCAUCUGCGCUGUAAUGAACGGGGAUAGAGCCUGUGUCCUACAGUGUGCGUGAAACCUCAACUGGGAUCUGUUUACUUAGACAUGCUGCGGCUGUGGGUAGAGGAACACAUCAAAACAUCGUCUCCCAUUGUUCAAAUGUAUAGGACAUAAGAAAUGACUAUUACAUGCAGCAUAUUUGUGGGCUGGGACGAGGACAUGUUGGUACCAACCUUUGAACGUGUUAAGCUGUAAUUAAUGCAUAUUUUUCACACUGGCUUUUGUUACAUUUCAUCACACACCAACUGCAGGACAGUUCAUAUGUUCCAACUGGAUUCAACAUUUGUCUGUGUUGGAGUAAGACCGUUUUCUACACUCUGUUACAGAUAAUCACACUUUAAAAUGAUGUAUAUCUGACUAAGAUGAUAUGGAGCAAUCAUCAUUAACCAUUUAUGAAGCAUUCUUUGUAAAACAUUAAAAAGACACUGAAGGCAAAGUGUAUCUAGUGCUGUGCCAAAUGUAUUAUGCUUCAUUAUAUCCUUUACAACACCCUUGGAAUCAGCAUGUUACAGUUUCACAAGGCCUUCACUAGACCUACCUUGUAAGGUGUGACUUUCUGGAAGGAUAAUGUCUGUCUUUGUUAAAACUGAACUGUGAUUUGGAUGUCAACACACCACUACUCAACUGUAUGAAUGUCAUUCGUAUGCAUUUUAUUCUCUGAAUGUGAAAAUAUGUAUUUGUGUAAAAUGUUUUUUUUUGUGUGUUUCUCUAAAUAUGGGCCUUUUGGAAAUCUGAUCAAACAAAUAUAGGUAACUACUAGCAAAAGGUUCUUUGGUAUUAUGUGUUGAUACAAGUAUGGCAUCUAAGAUAACAGUAUCUCUGUGCAGUUUAAAACUACUAAGUAUAAAAGUGAAUAUAUUCCACUACUUUUUUUUUAUUAAAUAUUUAACCACUG